UUUUGUUUAGCGUAGAUUAAGUUGGAAAAAAUUGUUUUGAGGAAAAUAUCCUUAGAGUUUUUUUCUAUAAAAUUUCUUCACACACGCGCACAUCAUUUGCGAUUAUUUAAAAUAGAAAAGUCUCUCACUACAGCAAUAGUUAGUUGACUUUGUGUUAAGUUCAUCCCUCUAUUGGUAACAACCGGUGAAUCGAGUACUUAGGAACUUGCUUAACGCAAAAUUUUCGGCGGGAUUUGUUUUUUCUGUUAGGCAGUCACCUGUCUAUCAGUCUAUCGGUUUUCUCCAGCCUGCUAGGCUGUCAGUCCAAUUUGUUGUCUGUCUUAUUAUAAGCUUCUUAUAGGCUAAGUUACGUUGUUCGCUGGUUUCAAUUUUCUUAUAUUUAUCAGCUUACGUGCCUAUCUGCCGCACCUCUCCUUACCUCUCCCUACACAGAAAUCUCUGUGCUCAUAUGCUAUCCACGCAUUUGUCUAUUCGUACUUCGCAACAAGACUUUCUUCUAUUGUCUUGUUAUCGAGAUGCGUUUGUCUGCUCAGUUUUCAAUUUACCCAAGAGUCCGUCAGCUUACAGUUGCCUGAUUGUCAGGCGUCUCUCUACCGAAAGGUUUGUCCUUUGAGACUUUUAGCAGUUUCGUAGUCGCUGCAAUGAGCCUUAACCGUGAGAAAAUCUUUUACGGUCUGCGGACGUAAAAAAAGGCAGAUAAGCUCGUUUACGCAUCUCCACAGACACACUGUAACCACCCCGUGGGGCGCAGAGGUAAUGUUUAGCCUUCACGCUACGUAAAACGCCUACGUACAUCUAUACACAGGAUCGUUGAACGGGCUACGUGUGAAUGCUUAGGCACCUGGCUGAGCAGACGUCUGACUACCGAGCAGCACGUUUGUCAACCCUCAACCCAAGAGCUUCUUUAACAAAAUCUUUAUCGGCCCGCAUUUCCUCGCAUACAUUCUCGAAUGUCUUUAUGUGUGCGUAUCAAUUCCUCGCGCAUGCACACUAUACAUUCUCAAAGCCAGUAAAGAUAAGAUAAAAUCCUUCAUCUUGAAAUAUGUAUUUUUUUUUGAUUAAUGUUUCAUGUUCAAAUAUUCGAAGUGAAUUUGUCGACGAUUCGUGACGUACAGCAACUAAUGAAAUCUUUAUAUAAGCAUUUUUGAUUUACAUUAACUCAUUAAUUCAUAAAAUUAUCAAGUCUGGAAGGCCAAUUAAAGCAUAAUAACAAUAUCUAAUCCCUGGCAUUUUAGCAUUACUUAUAUGUUUACUAAUUUAAGUUGGAAACACAGUGACCGAAUGAAUAGCUAACUCUAUACGAUGCUGCGAUCAUGCAUGUAGAUUCUUGAAAAAAAAUGUUUUUUCAUGAAAAGUAUGAAAAGUAUACUGAUAGACCUUUAUUAAUAUAGUUAACUCUUUCGCGACGGUGUACCAAUGCCACAUCUGUCGCUGUCAGUCAAUAAACAAAUGUCAUAUGUAGAACGUAUGAAACGUUGCGACCCAUCCAUAUCUUAUUUUACCUUUCACCAUAUUAAAAGAGAUAAUUAUUAUUUCGUUGCAUUACUUGUGUACCUGGGAUGGGAUUUAACUUAACUUAGUUUGAUAAUUACUUUGUCGUUCUGGCUGUCAAGCGCGUUCACAAACCAACAACAAAGAGUUAUCGAAUUAAACUUGCAAGCUUGGAUAUAUUUACGAGGGGCUAAUACACUUCUUAUAAUCAGAGAAAAGUCCCCAGAAAAACUCGCCAUUUUUUUAUGUAUUUAUAUAGCAAAGUAUAGCUAGAAACGAGUAUAAUUUCUUUCGAGAGAUUAUUAAGUUUUAGCGAUAGUCAACUAUGGACGGAGAUCUAAAUGCGACAGAGUAAAUUAGCUUAGCUGAAAGCUUCAUAAUGAUGAUAUUUUCUGUACCUGAAUUCUAAAUCCAAUAAGCAGACGACGAUUGAUUACUUUGACUAUGAAAGCGUACGAUUGAGAUCAUUUAACACUUGCGUAUAUAUACAGGAAACAAUCUCUUGACAAUAAACGUCAAUAUGCGAUUUUUUAAUUCAAGAUCUUUUCAAACUUGCAUUUAUUUUUCAUGUAUCUUAAUACUGGUUUUUCAGAAAAUAGCGCUGGCGUUAAAUCAUACUGGUCUAACAGUAUCAAAUCAUGAUAUUCUUGUGCUAGUAAACGGUAGCGAUAGUUUUGAUAUUUUACUUUUAGAACCCUUUAAUCAGGAUGUUGAAACGAAACUGUUAACUCAACAUGAAAACUUAGUUGAAUUGACACCAACCGAACACAUAUUCAAAGCUAACACAACUGAAAAUGUAACCGUAUUAGUGACUGGCCUAAAUCCCGGCCAUUUGGUUAUUGGUGCCGAAAGUCAACCAAACGAAACUUGGAUUAUUCAGGAACUUUUUGUACGCAUCACUGUGGCCAAUUCGCGAAGUAUUAUUUAUAUAGCAUUUAUAUUCGGUUGGAUUUAUUUUAUAGCGUGGUCUGUUUCGUUCUAUCCACAAAUCUAUACGAAUUUCCGACGACAAUCGGUUAUUGGCUUGAAUUUCGAUUUCGUUUAUCUAAAUAUUGUCGGCUUCGCUUUGUACAGUCUCUUCAAUUGCGGCUUAUAUUGGAUACCUGCAAUUCAAGCCGAAUAUGCGUUACGUCAUCCCCGCGGUCUUAAUCCCGUCUUGUUAAACGAUGUUGUGUUCUCCUUACAUGCCGCCUUUGCUACGAUCAUAACGAUCGCUCAGUGCCUUAUAUACGAACGUGGUAAACAAAGUGUUUCAAAAACUGCUAGCGCUUUGCUGAGUUUAUUUGCUCUUAUUGUGAUUAUUUCCGCUAGUUUAGCUUUCGCAAAUGUGAUACAUUGGUUGGACUUUUUAUAUUACUGCAGUUAUAUUAAAUUGACAAUCACCAUAAUCAAAUAUGUGCCUCAGGCUUUGAUGAAUUAUCGCCGCAAAAGUACGGUUGGCUGGAGCAUCGGUACCAUUUUACUAGACUUUACGGGUGGUACCUUAAGUAUGAUGCAAAUGAUUUUAAAUGCUUACAAUUAUGAUGACUGGGCUUCAAUAUUCGGUGAUCCAACGAAAUUCGGUCUGGGUUUAUUUUCUGUACUAUUUGAUGUCUUCUUUAUGCUGCAACAUUACGUAUUUUACAGACAUGCGACCGAGACAACAUCUAGCGAAACUACGGUAUCCGAAUAUUCUCCAGCUUCACGCUCAAGUCCUAUUAGAGAAAGAGAAAUAGCUUAACUUUCAAUUGUACGACCCUACCUACCUGUACUCACUCACAUUCCCUAAUGUAAUAUAAGUUAUAGUAUAAUAGAAAUAUAAUUUUUCAAUUUUUA